CAUGGCGGCGGUGGGGCGGCGCGUCGCCGUGCUUUGCUUUGCCUCCGGUUGCUCCGCUUUGCUUGAGUUGGUCCGCGUUGAGUUGCAGCGUGCUGUGUUGCUCUGCGUUGAGUCGCUCUCGUCGCGUCGCUCUGCGUAGCGUUGCUCCGUGCCGCAUUGCUCUGCGUUGCGUCGCGCCGCUGCCCUGCAGAUGGCUGAGGACGGCACCGCCGUGCCAUGGGAGCUGCCCGGCUGCGUGGUCAGUGUGUCGGACCCCUCGGAGCCGGACGUGGAGCCAAGCAGUUGCAGCGGGGCCAUCCUGUGCCGCAGCCCGGGCCUGGUGCUGUGCCCUGCUGCCGUCUUGGUGCCCUUCCUGCAGCCCGACGUCACCGCCUGGCCCCAUGGCGAUGCCCUGCCACCCUCGGCGUUGCGGCCCGGGCUGCGCAUCUCGGUGCUGCAGGCUGCCCCGCCGCCUGACGCCGUGCAGCAGCACGUCGCGUGCCCGCUGGCCCUGCUGCGCUGCGAUGCCUUCGCCCGCGCGCUGCCUGGCACGCUCAGCAUGGCCGAGGAGAGCACCGAGGCCCUGCCCUGGUUCUGCUGGCUGCGGGUGCCCGGCCUGGACACAGCUGGCGGUACCUGGACGCCCUGGGCCCCGGCAGCCACGCUGCACAAGGGCGCGGCGCUGCUGACCUGUGGGACGCCCUUUGGUGCGCUCUGCCCUGAGCUCUUCCUCAAUGCGCUGAGCACCGGUGUGCUGAGCAAUGCCACCGGGCCUCACCGUGCCCUGCUGCUCACCGAUGCGCGCUGCCUGCCCGGCACCCAGGGUGGACCCGUCCUCGCCCUCGCGCCCGCAUCCUCCCCACCACGCCUCGUGGCUGUCNUUGCCGCCACCGCCGGCUGCCAGGGAGGCCAGGGGCUGGGGCUGGCACUGCUCUGCUCCCUGCAUGCCCUCCUGCAGAGUGCCCGCGGAGUGCUGCCCGAGCUCAGCAGCCUGCCUCCGCCACUGCCGCUGCCCGAGGCCCACGGCAGCCCAACACUGCGCUGCGCCGUGCUGGUAGAGAGCGGGAACAGCUGGGGGUCGGGCACGCUGGUGGCCCCACAGUUGCUGAUCACCUGCCGGCACGUGUUGCAACCGGGCGCCCCGCUGUGCGUCACCCUGCGGCACAGCACCACGUGUGACACUAUUCUGCAGGCCCGCCUGGUGUUCGCCACGACUGAGGCAUCCCCCUUCGACGUGGCAGUGCUGGAGCUGCAGGACAGUGUGCCCAGCUUCCAGCCCCCUGACCUUGCCACCACUUUCCAACCCGGGGAGGCGGUGCUGGCGCUGGGCUUUGGGGCGCUGGGCCGUGCGUGUGGCCCCUCAGUGACGGGGGGUGUGCUGUCGGCCGUGGUGGGAACCCCCCCGGUGAUGCUGCAGAGCACCUGUGCCGUGCACGCUGGCUCCAGUGGCGGCCCCCUGCUCUCUGCCCGCGACGGAUGCCUGCUAGGCAUCGUGGCCAGCAACGCGCGUGACAACGCUGCAGGGACCACCUACCCACAUCUCAACUUCUGCAUCCCCAUCUCCCUGCUGCGCACAUCCCUUGCCCACUAUCGCUGCAGCGGGAACCCUGCUGCCUUCGCCCCACUCAAUGCUGCCAGCGAGGGGGCACAGGCGGCAUGGCGGCUGCAGCAGCGGCCCCCCAGCAAGCUGUGACCCCUCCCCCCAAAUUGGAGUGCUUCCAUAAAAGCCCUCACUUGA